AUGUUCAUCAAUUAUCCACAUUACCUGAUUCCAAAACUGUGUGGAGCAAUGUCUUUCUUAUUCAAUCCAAUGUUUAUUUAUCUUCUACUGAGUGACAAGAAACUGCACCUUGGAAGUUAUCGGCAUCUUCUUGUCAGUUUUUCGAUUUUCAAUAUGCUCAGCUCAUUUUACGAUUGGCUUGUUCCUAUGGGAGUUCAUGAUCAUCGUUAUGCUUUCGUAAUAUUUGUAUCCGAGGGAAUUUUCUCUAAUUUCUCCCAACUUGGCCAACUAGCUCUCUCUAUUAGAUGCGGAUUCAUAACAGUCACUUAUGCAAUCCUUCAUGUUCAUUUCAUUUAUCGAUAUCUCGUGCUGAACAGAUCAAUGUUGAUUCAGAAAUACUUCAUGCCAUACGGUUUGAUUCUAACUUUUGUGUAUUGUUUUUUGCAUAUGAUGCUAUGGACAGCGGUUUGCGAGUUCUUCUUUUAUGGAGAUUUGGAGAGAAAAACAUAUAUUUAUGAUUCAUUUAAAAAACUGUAUAAUUUAAAAUCAUUUGAUUUCAACAUGGUGAUUGCACUUUAUUGGGAAGGGAGUAAUGAAGCAGUUAUAAGAUCUUGGAUUGGUGUAGUUGUUGUGUCAGUCAGCUCAACUUACUCAAUGGGACUUUUCUUUGUUCUUGGACACAAGAUAAUGAAAAAUCUGAAAGCUCAUGUGAACAUCAGUGUAAAGACCCUUCGACUCCAACAACAACUCUUCAAAGCUCUCACAGUGCAGACUCUCAUUCCGAUAUGUGUCAGUUUGAUGCCAUGUAUGGCUGUCUGGUUUGGUCCAGUCUUUCUUCUGGACUUCCGUGCAAUAUAUUUGGCUGCAACAAUCGCUGCAUCUGUCUUCCCAUGCAUUGACCCAGUUGCAAUUAUAAUUUUUCUUCCGUGUCUUCGGAAGAGAUUAUAUUUGACCAAUCCUUCAGGAAUAUCAUCCACCACAGCUCCUCCGAACUCGUCGUUUAAGAUUACUUAG